AUGUCAUCAUCAUCAUCAUCAUCAUCAUCAUCAUCAUCAUCAUCAUCAUCAUCAUCAUCAUCAUCAUCAUCAUCAUCAUCAUCAUCAUCAUCAUCAUCAUCAUCAUAUCAUCAUCAUCAUCAUCAUCAUCAUCAUCAUCAUCAUCAUCAUCAUCAUCAUCAUCAUCAUCAUCAUCAUCAUCAUCAUCAUCAUCAUCAUCAUCAUCAUCAUCAUCAUCAUCAUCAUCAUCAUCAUCAUCAUCAUCAUCAUCAUCAUCAUCAUCAUCAUCAUCAUCAUCAUCAUCAUCAUCAUCAUCAUCAUCAUCAUCAUCAUCAAUCAUCAUCAUCAUCAUCAUCAUCAUCAUCAUCAUCAUCAUCAUCAUCAUCAUCAUCAUCAUCAUCAUCAUCAUCAUCAUCAUCAUCAUCAUCAUCAUCAUCAUCAUCAUCAUCAUCAUCAUCAUCAUCAUCAUCAUCAUCAUCAUCAUCAUCAUCAUCAUCAUCAUCAUCAUCAUCAUCAUCAUCAUCAUCAUCAUCAUCAUCAUCAUCAUCAUCAUCAUCAUCAUCAUCAUCAUCAUCAUCAUCAUCAUCAUCAUCAUCAUCAUCAUCAUCAUCAUUACUACUACUACUACUACUACUACUACUACUACUACUACUACUACUACUACUACUACUACUACUACUACUACUACUACUACUACGACGACGACGACUAUUAAUAAUAAUGAUAAGAAGAAUAACAAUAACAAUAGUAACAGUAAUAAUAAUUCAACCACUGCAUUUGAUUAACGGUUUCAGAAAGUUCUAUAUUACGUAA